CAAUCAGGACUGACGCCGCCACGUGACGAGCCGUAGCCAAUAGGAGGAGGCCGUGGAGGCAGCGGGGAAAUUCAAACGUGGUUCCGGACAGGGGUUAGGGUUCCGCUGUUUUUGUCUGCAGCUUGGCCUUCGGAGACGUGUUUCCAAAAGUAAUGUUUUGUCUUCAUUCUGAAAGAUGAGUUAUAAUUUAGAAAUGGAGGCUGAAGAAUUAAAUGGCAGAAAUUUGACAAUUGACUCCAUAAUGAACAAAGUGAGAGAUAUUAAAAAUAAGAUAAAUGAAGACCUUACGGAUGAGCUAAGCUUGAGUAAAGUCUGUGCUGAUCCCACAGGGUUUCUCUGUGUAGCCUUGGCUGUCCUGGACUCGCUUUGAAGACCGGGCUGGCCUCAAACUCACAAAAAUACACCUGCUUCUCUUUCCCAGAGUACUUGGAUUAUAGAAACUGUUAACCAAAUUAUGAUGGUGGCGAACACCCCAGAGAACUGGUUGAAUUUCUUGCUGAAACUAGAGAAAACCAGCGCCCCCCUCAAUGAUGUUCUUUUAAAUAAGCUGAUUGGUCGGUAUAGUCAAGCAAUUGAAGCGCUUCCUCCAGAUAAAUAUGGCCAGAAUGAGAGCUUUGCUCGAAUCCAAGUGAGACUUGCUGAAUUAAAAGCCAUCCAAGAGCCUGAUGAUGCGCAGGACUACUUUCAAAUGGCCAGAGAAAACUGCAAGAAGUUUGCUUUUGUGCAUGUGUCUUUUGCACAGUUUGAACUGUCGCAAGGCAAUCUGAAAAAAAGUGAACAGCUUCUGCAUAAAGCUGUAGAGAGCGGAGCAGUGCCACUGCAGAUGCUGGAGGUUGCCAUCCGCAACCUGCACCUCCAGAAGAAGCAGCUGCUUUCAGAGCAGGACAAGAAGAGCUUCUCAGUACUAACUGCCCAAGAGUCAUUCGCCAGUUCACUUGGAAAUUUACAGAAUAGGAGCAUCAGUUGUGAUUCCAGAGGACAGGCUCCUGCAGCCAGGAUUUUAUAUGGAGAAAACAUGCCUCCUCAAGAUGCAGAAAUAAGUCAUCAAAAUCCCUUAAAGCAAACUACCAAAACUAAGCGGUCCUGCCCCUUUGGAAGAGUCCCAGUUAACCUUCUAAACAGCCCAGAUUACCAUGUGAAGACAGAUGGUUCAUCAGGGCCAAAUUUUACAAAAAGAAAGAUAUCUGGAUCAGAAUACCGAGAUUUGAUUGUGCCUGGAUCCAAAUCAAGUGGAAAUGAUUCCUAUGAAUUGAGAGGUUUAAAGCCCAUUCAAACUGUCCAUUUUAAAGACUCUCUGAUAUCCAAUGAGAAGAGUCCUGAACUUAUGUCUGACUUAGUAACCUUGAAGAAUAAAACAGAAUCAAGUCUUCUAACAAAAUUGGAAGAAACUAAAGUGUGUCAAGAACCAGAGAUUCCCGAAAGAAAGCACAGACAGUGGCAGUCUGCAAGAAAGCCAGAGUGUGUGAGCCAGAACCCUGCUGCAUUUUCACACCAGUGGCACAUUCCAGAUGCAACCCCAAAGGCUGAGAAAGAGCAGAAGUGCACCGCUGUUGAGCAGCUUGCCCUUUCGGUUUCAAAGCAAUCACCACCGAUGUCAGUUCCUAAGUGGAUGGAUCGAAAGUCUGUCAGUGAGACACCUAGUAACAAUUCCUUGGAUGAUUACAUGAGCUGUUUUAAGUCUUCAGUUGUAAAGAAUGACUUUCCACCUGCCUGUCCAUCAUCCACACCUUACAGCCAGCUUGCCUGCCUGCAGCAGCAACAGCAGCAAGGACUCAGUACUCCUCUUCAGAACCUACAGAUUUCAGGAUCCCCAUCAAUGAACGAAUGCAUUUCAGUUAAAGGAAGAAUUUAUUCCAUAUUAAAACAGAUAGGCAGUGGAGGUUCAAGUAAGGUGUUUCAGGUAUUGAAUGAGAAGAAACAUAUAUAUGCUAUCAAAUACGUGAACCUAGAAGACGCAGAUAGCCAAACUAUUGACAGCUACCGCAAUGAGAUAGCAUAUUUGAAUAAACUACAGCAACACUGUGAUAAGAUCAUCCGGCUUUAUGAUUAUGAAAUCACAGAACAGUACAUCUACAUGGUCAUGGAAUGUGGAAACAUUGACCUGAAUAGUUGGCUUAAAAAGAAAAAAUCCAUCAACCCAUGGGAACGCAAGAGCUACUGGAAAAACAUGUUGGAGGCAGUACACACAAUCCAUCAGCACGGCAUUGUUCAUAGUGAUCUGAAGCCUGCUAACUUUGUAAUAGUUGAUGGAAUGCUAAAGCUAAUUGAUUUUGGGAUUGCAAACCAAAUGCAGCCAGAUACAACAAGUAUUGUUAAAGAUUCUCAGGUCGGUACAGUUAACUACAUGGCUCCAGAAGCUAUCAGAGAUAUGUCUUCUUCAAGAGAAAAUGGGAAAAUCAAGACCAAGAUAAGCCCCAGAAGUGAUGUUUGGUCCUUGGGGUGCAUUUUGUACUAUAUGACUUAUGGAAAAACACCAUUUCAGCAUAUCAUUAAUCAGAUCUCUAAACUGCAAGCCAUAAUUGACCCUAGUUAUGAAAUUGAAUUUCCUGAGAUUUCAGAGAAAGAUCUUCAAGACGUGCUAAAGUGCUGCUUAGUAAGGAACCCAAAAGAGAGGAUAUCCAUCCCUGAGCUCCUCGCACAUCCGUAUGUUCAAAUCUCCCACCCAGGCAACCAGAUGGCUAGGGAAACCACCGAUGAGAUGAAAUAUGUUCUGGGUCAACUUGUUGGUCUGAAUUCUCCUAACUCAAUUUUGAAAGCUGCAAAAACUUUAUAUGAGCGUUAUAAUUGUGGUGAAAGUCAAGAUUCUUCAUCAUCCAAGCCUUUUGACAAGAAGAGAGAAAGAAAGUGAUGCACAGCUACUCACAACCAAAAACACUAAAUUAACUCACCUGCUCUAUGCUUGAGUCUGGAAAUCUACCUUAGGAAACAACCUUGCCUGGCUGUUCUCAGAAACAAACCUCAGGAGAUUAUCCUUGAAAGAAAACUGUAAACUUAACCACUAAUGGCACUGUACAUAUUAAAUUAUAGAGUUGCCCUUUUGUUUUAUGCUUUUCUGUAAAUGUAAUCUGUCUGGUAACAUUUCACACUUGAAGCAGUGGGUGGACAGCUGAAAUGUGGAAGACCUGUAAAUAAAGAGGAUGUUUUCUCUGAAGAUCCAUGUAAAUAAAGCUUUAUAGAAUGAGAGACACCAACGUUUUAGAGGUGUACAAUUUUCUUCAAUCAAAUGUAUUAUUGCCAUGGUAGCAAAAUUCUUAGAACAACUGGAUUAAGAGUAGACCUUAGUAAAUAAAGUAUAACAAAUUUCCAAAGGAUUUAGGAUUGUAAAUAGGGUGGGCUAUGGUGGCACAUGCUUUUAAUUCCAGUACUUGGAGGCAGAGGCAGGCGGAUCUCUGAGUUUGAUGUCAGCCUGGUUUAGAGCCAGUUCUAAGACAGCCAAGGCUACACAAACAACCUCCCCAGCCCCACAAAUUUCAUAAUUACCCAUGGCCCUGAUACCAUCUGUAUAAUAUCUGGUCUGCUUGUGGCCUUUGACUCUUCUUUGCACAAAUAGGGCUUGCUGUUCAGAGUACUGUGCUGGAGUUUGUGCUCUAAGUUGUAUAGU